AUGACCAUCUACCAUCCGGUGGGUACUUGCAAAAUGGGACCUGACUCAGAUAACGAUGCCGUAGUAGAUCCAAGACUGAGGGUGUACGGUGUAGCGGGACUUAGGGUUAUAGACGCCUCGAUCAUGCCGACUAUACCAAGUGGGAAUACCAAUGCCCCAGCCAUUAUGGUAGGAGAGAAAGGUGCAGAUUUGAUUAAAGAAGAUUGGCUGGAUGGUUAUAGAGGGUUUUAA